AUGAACGCUAUGGAGCAACUGCGGAGCAACUACCUGUUCCCUGAGUCGCAAGAUGGCCGCUCCACCGUCAGCGAUAUCAGCAAUAGCAACAAUUUGGAGACCUUUCAGAAGAUAAACCAGAUGCUGGAGAACUCUCUGGAUCUCAGCAACCUGGGGGGUGACAUCCGGCGACGAGGGAUUUCCAACGAUGCAUCUAUGACGCUCGACGGCUUGAUGAAUACGUACUCUCCCGACAACGUCUUCAAGGAAAAUUACCGGACGCCAACGUCGAAAUCUAUCGACCUGGACCAGCUGCAGGAGUGGAACCCCAGCAAGCUGCUGUACAACUUCAGCGGCACCCCGUCGCCGACGCUGCGCCCGAUCCGAGGCUCGCGCUCCUCCUACUCCGGCACGGCCGACACGGGCAGCCCGACGCUGGAGCAGGCCAUCCUGAUGGGCUGCCGCGACUUCCGCAGCCCCCUGUCGCCGGCGGCGGCCCACUUCUCGCCGCGCCUGGCCGUGCCGCCGGCCGCGCCCGUGCGGGACCAACGCGCCAUCGAGCAGGCGGCCAAACAGCACCGCAGCGCCGCCUCGCUGUACGACGCCACCUACACCUGGUCCGGCCAGCUGCCUCGCAAGGUGCACAGAAACCCCGUCUACUCCUGCAAGGUGUUCCUGGGUGGUGUGCCAUGGGACAUCACUGAAUCUGCCCUGGCCUUCGCCUUCAGGCCGUUUGGUCCCAUUCGGGUCGAAUGGCCUGGCAAGGAUAGCAAUGGCAACCCUCCCAAGGGCUACGUCUACGUGUUAUUCGAGUCUGAAAAACAGGUCAAGGCCAUGCUGGAAGCGUGCACGUACGACUUGGGCAACAGCGGCAACUGCUACUUCAAAAUUUCGUCUAGGCGUAUGAGGUCCAAGGAGGUACAGGUGAUUCCCUGGGUGAUCGCGGACAGCAACUACGUGCGCUGUCCGUCGCAGCGGCUCGACUCUCAGAUGACGGUGUUCGUGGGCGCCCUGCACGGCAUGCUAACGGCCGAGGCCCUGGCGCGCAUCAUGAACGACCUGUUCGGCGGCGUCGUCUACGCAGGUAUAGACACGGACAAGCACAAGUACCCGAUUGGGUCCGGCAGGGUGACUUUCAGCAACCAGAAGUCCUUCAUGAAGGCCGUGGGGGCAGCGUUCGUCGAGAUCAAGGCGCUCAAGUUCACGAAGAAGGUGCAGAUCGACCCGUACCUGGAGGACUCGCUGUGUUCGGUGUGCGCCACGCAGCAGGGGCCCUACUUCUGCCGCGACCUCUCUUGCUUCAAGUACUUCUGCCGCGUCUGCUGGACCUGGCGCCACUCGAGCGACGCGCACCGCGGCCACAAGCCGCUGAUGCGCAACUCGCGCACGUCGGUGGGCGCGCGUGUCUGAGCGUCGGCCGCUGCCGGGUCAGCCCGGCACCGGCGCCUGCCGGGGCCG